AUGGAUAAACUGAUGAAAAACAUCGCCAUCUUCUCCUCCGCGUUUAUCGUCGUACCCGCCGGGAGAGAUAUUGUCGCACCUUUAUACGGUUUACCUCUUUUAGACGACGGAAAGAUGUUACAACUGAUGAACCCGCAAGGGAAGGAUGCACAAACUAUGAUGUGGGGAUUGUGGGGGAUCAACCACGUGUUCGUGUCGAUUUUGAAAGUCAUCGCGGUUCGUGAAAACAAUCAGAGACUGAUGAAAAUGCUCCUGUGUACGGUCGUGCCGACGCUGUAUUUCCUGGUCGCGGGUAAUGCUGGGAUGAAAAAAGCCGGGGGCGAUAUGACUGGGUUCGUGAUUAUCAUCGCUUUGCAAUUGGUCAGUUUAACGUACUUGGCGUUUAAAAGCGACGGAAGAAGAAGAAGCUCGAGGAAAACGAGAUAG